CUUCGAAUCGCAUGCCAGAUCCCACGUUUUCCUAGCAUUCUCAUUGAAGACACAAUCUGAUAUAUCAAGCAUACGACAGUAUCAUAUCAUGGCCAAGAAAUCUGCUCAAACUUCUUUCUUUUCCCUGCCCGCAGAACUCCGGCUGCAAAUCGCGACUUACGCCCUCGAUCAACCAGUAGAUGCCGGUUUUGAACUACGAAGCGCUGACGCGACCCAAAUCAACCACUAUCCCCAGCUAGGUCCCGGAUCCCCUAUAGGUCUCGUAGGACUCAUAAUGGCUGGCCCAUACUCUCCAGGCGGUGCUUAUUCGCCGGCCGCUAACCUGUCAUUGCUACUCGUAUGUCGACAGUUCCGCUUGGAAUUCACAGAACUUGCAUGGCGCAGUACUACGUUCUUUCUUGGUAUCAACAAAUCCACCAGGGACAAGAGAGCGAUGGCCGGAGGGGUACCAGAAGGACGAUUGUGCAUGCUUCGAAAAGUCGCCAUAUAUAGCCCGCCAUGGGACGAUAUCGUUCGGUGGGGUCAGUGGCCGUUUGAUGCCGAAUGCGUUCGAUUGGAGCGUCUCAGUUUUGUCAUGGUCAUCGGGUUAUCCGACAUUGCGCAGUUUGUUCGUCUUCUACGCCGGUUGCAGAACGUUAAACAGCUCAAGUUUAUCUCGCAAAGUGAUGCAGAGCAGCAGGCAAAAUUUCGAAACACAUAUAAUCAACUCAUCGGGGCGAUCAUGAAGGAAGAUCAUUAUCAGCGAUACGACGCAUCAGGUGCACCCCACGUUGGAGAUGUUUGGUGGGAGUGGAGUUUCAAUGACGUGGAGAAGAGCUUUCUGCUUGUCGCGGAGAAGCCUGCGCCUGUCAUUCCUGAAGAGGAGUACCUCCAGUUCAUGAAGCCGAGAAUCGAUGUAUUAAUGGCGGACAUGGCGCGAGAAUGAUUCGGAGUUCGACGGGUGAUAUAUGAGGUGAGGAUUGGAGCGCAGUAUGAUUGUGUAGUGACAACAAUUUUCUCGCAACCGGCCAGUUAGACUUCUACAGCCUCGAUGGGCGUCCAUAGCUUCUGAAGGAAACUAUAAGCCAAGUGAGAUUCUCAAUUUCACAAUGGGAGGAAAGGCGAUAAAAUCCGGAUGAUUCCAAGGUGGAGAAUCCUUGGGCCUAAAUCUCUUGAAUGUCAAAUCAUGGUGUAAAUAUAGCUGCAUGACCUGUUCGUCGCAAAUGCAAUAUGUCUGGCCAAUGUCUAUUUUUAACCGUAGGUUUAGGUAUAUGGAAUACACGC